AUGAAGUCAAUCCGGAGAACCACAACCACACUCAACUACGCAAUAUUUUGCAUUACAAUACUGCUGUUAGCUUCACAAAGUCAAGUUGCAAAAGCUUCCUCAGCAGCAGGAACAGAAACCUUGGUGGGAAUUGUCGGCAAGGAUUUUGUCUUGGUGGGUGCGGAUUCCAGUGCCUCCCAAAGCAUUGCCUUGACGGCGUCCAAUUUGGACAAGAUUGCUCCUCUCAGUGAACAAUUUUAUAAUUAUGAUCAGCAGUCAGAACCAACACCUCAACUGGUAAAAAAGGAGCGGCAGAAACAACUCCAACAACCCUGCAUAGUGGCAGCCGCUGCGGGAGAUGCGGCUGGAUCGGAUCGUUUGUUGGGAAUGCUCAAGGCGCAGGCGACUUUGGAAGAAUACGAGAAUGGAUUGGGAUGUGACGUGGACUAUAUUGCUGCCAGUGGCGACUCUUCCUUCUCGUCGUCGUCCCCCGGUUUGGACGUGGACGCCAUGGCCAAUCUGGCGAGAAUUCAAAUUGCUCAGUCCCUGCGGAGUCGAACACCCUUUUCGGUCUGCCUCUUGAUUGCGGGCAUGUCUAGCAGGAAAAAAAAUUCUGGAUUUGUGGCUCAACGAAUUCAGCACCAGGUACGAAAUGCUUGGAAUGCCAAAGAGGAAACGCCAGUAGUAAUAGACGAUACUGGAGAGGAGGAAAGCUUUGUGCUUGUCGAAACAGUUGAGACGGAACCCAAAGAGGAAGAAAAGUCUCCAACAUUAUCCUCGUCGUCUCUUGAACCAAAACUGUAUUGGUUGGAUGAAUAUGGAUCCUCGCAAUGCAUACAAUAUGGGGCUCAUGGACAUGGAGCCAACUUUUUAUUGUCCAUUUUGGAUCAAGGGUUUGCCGAGGACAUGACUUUGGACGAGGCCAUGGAAUUGAUGAAGUCGUGUUUUCAACAAUUGCGGACGCGGUAUGUGAUCAAUUCGCCACAGCCGCCUUGUAUCAAGUGUGUUGAUGCCAAUGGAAUUCGAUUGAUUCGGUGA